AAGUCCACUGCUUCAAGACGGAAUCAGUGCAGGGUUGGAGCCCUCCCACACAUGUCUGUGUGUGUGUGCAUACUGCUAAACCAGACAAAGCCUUGUAGCUCCUUCGAGAAUCAGUUUUACAUUGCUUGCAGUCUCUCUCUGUCUCUCUCUUCACACUUUCAGUACAGUCUAGCUGAGUGGGUGAAAAGCAAGGAGUUCAUGAGAGAGAAAAGGAGAGAGAGAGAGAGAGAGAGAGAGAGGGGGAAGGUGAGAGAGAGAGAGAGAGAGAGAGAGAGAGCGAGCAAGCGCAGCCACUCAUUCGUCCCUCACUCCAGGCUCUAAGUUUACAGGCAGCCAGGCAGAUUUUCUUGGCUUGGAUGCAGCGCUCAUGACAGGAUUAGGAGCCUGGGAUACAGGAUCAACUGGAGAUCUGCAGGUCCUAGUGGAUGAGCCCAGGUCAGAUUCUCACCCUGCACAGUGGCCCUUGUGUUUCUGAACUGUUUCCCCUGGCGGUCUGAACUCUUUCCAUACCAAGUGGCCUGUCCACUGUUACUGGAGCACCAAGAUCCUCUGUGGUCGACCAGUGCAGCAGUGACUGACCUGUAUCCCUUCGUCAUCCAGCUUCCGAAACUGACCUGAUUGCCAGGCUCCAUCCUCUCCUCUCCUGUCAUGCGUCUCCUUGUUUCCCUCCUGCUCUUGCUACUCCUUGGAUCAGCGGAACCCCGGAGAGGCCCUCGGUCAAAGGCUGUGGAGAGGGGCGCACGGGGCCAUGUACGGGGUAGAGGCAGGCCCGGCGUCAUGAGGCGUCAAACUGAGGUGUGCUUGGAAUACAUGGAGUCAGGAGAAAAAUACCUUGACUGCCAGGAUAGGCAGCUGACCACUGUGAUGCAGGACUGGCCCAAAGAUAUCCACCACCUACUGCUGGCGAGAAAUAGGAUUCAGGUUUUGAGGGACAACAUGUUUGCUCAGUUCACCCAGCUGAAGAGCUUGGAUCUCCAGCAGAACCGCAUCUCCAGGGUGGAGGAUGAUGCGUUCAGUGGCCUCUCCCAGCUCAAAACCCUGCUCCUCCAGCACAACCAAAUGACAACAGCCUCCGAGGAGGUCCUGCUCCCCCUACCCCGCCUUACUUAUCUCCGUCUCUAUGACAACCCGUGGAGCUGCCUGUGUCCCUUGGAAAGCUUGAUCAGAAAACUGCAGCUGCCAGGCAACCGCAACUUGGGCAAUUACGCCAUAUGUGCAGAGCCUCUUUCACUGAAGGGUCAGAAACUAAAAAAGUUGACUGUAGACCUGCUGUGUGAGGAAGACAAGGGGCCAGAACCUGGAGUUGUAGAAUGGCCAAAGCCUCCGCCAAAAAUAAGGAAGCCAGAUGCCACCUCCAUGUGCCGCACGUACAUGUUUCCCAAACCGCUGCUGGAUUGCAGCAACAAAGAUUUGAUUAGCAUCCCACCUGACCUGCCAUCUGACAUAGUGAGGAUGGAUCUGUCCAACAAUAAAAUAAAACAUCUCAAGCCAAAACAUUUUGUGCUGUCCAAAGACCUCAAACUUCUCAACCUCAGCAGUAACAACCUGCACCAUAUAGACACAGGUAACAGAAGCACCGCUCACAUAUUCUCUCUCUCCCACACACACAUGUGAAUCUGAGCACUCGUAUCUGGAUAUCCAAGUAUUUUGUGUUGUCACAGCACAGAAAACAGACCCAACUGCACAACUCAAAGAUAAGAUAAAUUCCAUUUUUAAGGGUGGUUCAAUUCAAUUGUGUCUAUAUAGCAGCCAAUCACAACAAUCUCCUUAAGGUGUUUUAUGCCAGGGAUUAAUAAUAAAAAACAAUUAAAUACAGAGUGGUGUAUAAACAAAGAGAUUUAAAAGUGGUGAGUGAAGAAGAAAUGCUCA